CUCUAGAGUUCUUCUGACUUCUAAUCAUGGAAGUGCAAAUACAUUGAGUGAUCACUUCCACAACAGUCCUGUUCCUUUAAGAGAUCACGGUUGUUAAGUUAGGAGAUUAUUGAACCAUAUGAGAGUCAAUAAAAGGAUAAAAAGUCACUGGUUAGCGAAUCGAGGACAAGGAACUUGGUCCCAGUUCAGUAUCUGUGGAUCCGUAUGCUGCCCGCAGUCAGAGAGAGAGUCCCAGGUCCGUGGCAGCUUGCUUUUCCUCGGGAUGGCUUCUGGAAGGCUCAUUAAGUUUGUGGUUUUUGAGCUCCUGGAGUUUGCUGCUUUCUCUGUCCCUACACUUGUGAUCACGGAACAGUUUGCCACCGCCUACCAAGGAACAAGGGCCAGAUCCGAGAACACACACUACUGGCUGAUCGUCUCCUGUUCUAUUGCUUAUGUUGCGCUGGUGACUCUACUGAUAUGGGUUCCUGUAAAAAUUGUCCUGCAUAAGAAACGUUAUCUUUACAAAAAGAUCAAAGGAUGGAGACCUGUUCUGAUGAUGUGUGUGGUCCUCACCACACUGCCCUGCCUCACCUUUUCCAUAGCAGUGACUGAGGUUCAAAAGAGCAUUAAUGGGUCCGCUGAUGUCUUACCUGAUAUGUUACCUGACCUGCCGGUAUCGUUGGUUCUGUCAUCCCUGAUCAUGGUUGAUAUUAUUGAAAAACUCAGGAUAUAUCCUCUUAGAGGGUAUCAAAAGAGUAGUCAAAAUGGACACAUCCAUUCAACCUCUUUGCAGCAAAUAAAAACUGUGACAGAGCAAGUGAGGCAAAGUCAAGAAAACGCUGCAUCUCCCCAGGCAACUGGCAGCACCCAGGUGUCCCAGCCAUCAGGAGCCAGGACACAAAGCCAGGUGUCUGUGUUCAUGGGGCCCCAGGAGCCCUCCUGUGACUCGGGUAUCCUGAGAACGAUGUCCCAGAGUGAUGUCCGGGCAGAGAUCUUCUUAUGGAGCUUUCUCCUGUGGUCUGACACAAUAGAAAUGGUGCGUGUGGCCGGUCACCCCAACGUGUACAAGUCAAGCUGGCUAUACCCAGUCUACAUAUUCAGUUUUAUUUCUCUCCUUCGAAUUACAUUCACUCCCCAAAACCCUCUUCUCAAUUCCCUGGGCGUCCUGCUGCAAGAUUUGCCAUUCGUUUUUGUUAGACUUGGUUUGAUCAUUGCACUGGGGACCAUCACACCUGUACUGGGCCUGUGUAAAAAUGUCCUCGUGACUCUCUCUUACAUUUACUUCAAUUACCUAACCAGACUCAGGUCUUUCUCUGCCUUUGAAAUGUCUCCAUUUUAAAAAGAAAGUGGGAUCGAGUAAGACCUGUGUGCGCAUUUGUAAUCCUUUUUUUCCUUGGGGUGUACAUUUUUGCACUAUUAAAAAAAACUAGAUUUUAGAGAAUAAGCCAUUUUUACUAACUCUAGCAUAUCAGUUUUUUUUUUUUUUUUUACAUACACAAAUGGUGCUAAAUUUAAGCAAAGUUAUAUUCUUAGAUGUUGGCUUUCAGGUAUUUCUAGAAAAUAUUAGUUGUUAAUUUUAGUUAGUUAUGUAUACUGAGGUCCCCAACCCACAGACCAUGGUCCCGGUACUGGUUCGUGAUCUGUUAGGAAUCAGGCCUCACAGCACCAGGUGAGCCUCGAGCUGAGCAUUCCUGCCUGAGCUCCGCCUCCUGUCAGAUUAGCAGUGGCAUUUGAUUCUCACAGGAGCUCAAACCCUGCUGUGAACUGCAUUUGCGAGGGAUCUAAAUUGUGCCCCUUAUGAGAAUCUAAUGCCUGAUGAUCUGAGGUUGAACAGUUUCAUCCCAGAACCAUCCCCCACCCACCCCCACCUCCACCCCCAGCCAUGGAAAAAUUGUCUUCCGCAAAACUGGUCUCUGGUGCCAGAAAGAAUGGGGACCACUGAUGUAUACCACACUUUUUCUAAGAAUACUCUUCAAUAGAGCCCUUUUAAAAACUAAGAACCUUUUUUUAUCAAGUUAGCCCAAGAAUAAGAUUUUUAUCUUUUAUAUAAAUUAGAGAGCAUUAUAUGAAUCGACUGAUUAAAUUUAGUUUUAAAAAACACACUUGAAGUUAUUGAAUCAUUUUUAGAUUAUACUUUUUAAAAAUUUGAAAAUUGUAGUUUUAGGGGUUCCUUCAAACAUGGAAUUAUAUUCUUUAUUCCAUUGUGGCAAGGGACUUUUAUUUAAUAAAUUGAUUUCAGCAUAAAAAGCAAUGCACUUUAAUAGAUAUUUGGCUGAGUUUAAGGCUUAGCUGUUUUGCCAGUACUGAAGUACUAAUAUGAGUGUUGUUUUGUAUGAUGAAGGCAAGGUACAUCAGUAAUACCAAGAUAAAGUUUCAUAAUAAAAAGCCAUAAAGUGAAGACAGAGAUUUCAAAGUAAAAGAAUAUUUUAUUUGUGGAAUUUGAUACUGUGAUAAAUAAUCAAGUGCAAGCCCUGUUUAAAAUUAAAAGUUCAGCUUACAAAUAUAAUAGACAAUGUAUCAGUGUCUUAUGUGAUACGAUAUCAUGAAUGUAUUGAUGUUAUAAAAUAAUUAGCUACAAAGUCGUGCAACUUGCUUUCACCCUGUUGGGACACUCUCUGAUAUUCCCAGUCAAUGCUGUUCAUUUGAUAAAAAUUUUCAGGUGCUAGAGAGAUCUGUGAGAGGCUUAUGUAUGCAAGAGUAGUGGUUUAUAUAGUCAGUUUAUUCAAUAAUUUGUGGUAACAAAUAGCUUAAGAAUUCGACAUGUGGCCCGGUGUGGUGGCUCAUGCAUGUAACCCCAGCACUUUGGAAGGUCAAGGCAGGUGGAUAGCUGGAGUCCAGGAGUCUGAGACCAGCCUGGGCAACAUAGAGAGACCCCACCUCGAUAAAAAAUACAAGAAUUAGCUGGGUGUGGUGAUAUGCACCUGUAGUCCCAGCUACUUAGGAGGCUGAGGCAGGAGGAUUGCUUGAGCCCAGGAGAUCGAGGCUGCAGUGAGCUAUGAUCAAGCCACUGCACUCCAGCCUGGACGACAGAGUGACACCCAUCUAAGAAAAAAUAAAAGAGAAUUUGACCUUGUGUUAUUCUACACUUCACCAAAUGCCCCACCCCCUGCCACCUCAUCUCCCUUUCCCUGUGUUAGGAUUUUUGUCACACUGUUAGAGAAGGUCUGCUCACAGUUGUUAAAAGCUUACCUUCCAGCUUUCUGAUCUGAGGUAGGUUCUUUGACCUCUGUGGGCCUCCGUUUCUACAUCUAAAAGAUGAACAUAAUACUAGUACUACAUUAAUAAGGUCAGGAGGAUUAAAGGGUAAGGAAACCCCUGAGCACCUUAUCUGGCAGAUGGCAAAGCACAUUAUCUGAUAAAUGUUAAGCACUGGAUUGGUAACAAGUUUCCAAGAAACAAGUAUCUCAAUGCAUAUUUAGAAUUUCCUGUUUUAUUCUUCUCUGUGUCCCUGCUCACCCUCUGGGAAUUAUCAUUUAAACCUUGCAUUUGAGAAAAUUAAUAUAAUCUUAAGGUUAAUUCAGAUUCUACUUUUUCAUUGAGCAGUAUUGUGUUAAAAAGUGAUCAAUCUGCUGAACGUAUAGAUUAAAAUGGACACAAACCUCCGUUCAUUGGACAUUUGAGUGUCUCUCCUCUGAGUUCCCAUAGAAUCUGAAUUACAGCAUUUUACUUAUACUUACAUUAUGUGUUUACUUUUCUGAAUGUCUUAUUCAUCUUUAAAUUCCUUAGAGAAAAGCCUGAAAGCAUCUUGUUUAACAAUGCAUCUCUCUCCUCAUCAACUAAACCUGCAGGUGCUUACCAGACUUAUAACUUAAAUAAAUCAUAACACAAGGCCUGGUGCAGUGGUUCAUGCAAUGAUUCCAACACUUUGGGAGGCCUUGGCAGGCAGAUCACUUGAGGUCAGGAGUUCCAGACUAGCCUUGCCAACAUGGUGAAACCCCGUCUCUACUAAAAGUACAAAAAUUAGCCAGAGGUGGUGGCACGAACCUGUAGUCUCAGCUACUCAGGAGGCUGAGGCAGGAGAAUCACUUGAACCCAGGAGGCAGAGGUUGUAAUGAGCUGAGUUUGCCUCUUUGUACUUCAGCCUGGUUGACAAGAGUGAAACUCAUCUCAAAAAAAAAAAAAAUUAUAAUACAAGUAAUUUCUUUCAAAUUCUGCCAUGGAUAGCUUUUUAAUAUUAAGAAAAGCCUAUAACCAAGGGAUUCAUUUAUAAUAUUCCUAAAUAUAAAAAUAUGUUAUGUAAACAUAUAUUUAUCUCUAUAUUAGAACUUAGUGCCAGUGCUUGGAUCAACUGAGAAGUAUUACUUGAGUUUAGAGUGCAUUUUGUAUCUAAUAUUUUAAUAUUAAUGUGCCUGAUAUUUUCAGAAGUCACAACCCUUUAUACAAAUAAUGAAGGCAUAUACAAAAGAUUGUGUGUAGAAGGAAAAUGGAGUAGCUCAUUUAGUUUAAUUUAAUAUUUUAAUUCGAGUGUACACAUGUUUAUUGAGUGCAAUUCUAUGGUGUUUAAUAGAUAUUACAGCAAAUUACACUGGGAGAACAUUGAUAGUUCUACACUGUAAUUAAAAGUUACAUGUAUUAUUAAAAUUAUUAGGUUGGUAAAAAAGUAAUUGCGGUUUUUGCCAUUGAAAGUGGUGAUGCGUGCCUGUAAUCUCAGCUACUUGGGAGGCUGAGGCAGGAGAAUUGCUUGAACCUGGGGGGCAGAGGUUGCAGUGAGCUGAGAUCUCACCACUACACUCCAUCCUGGUUGACAGAGCAAAAUUCUGUUUCAAAAAAAAAAGUCAAAUACAGUUAUAGGAAAGUACAUUUAAAAAUUAAUCUGUGAUUAGACUAUUAAUAUAUAGUCUAAUAAUUUUAUUGCAUUAUAGUAAUCAAAUAAUUGUGUAAUUUUAUAAAAUUUUAUUGAUGCUAUAAUUUUUAUAAAAUUGUAUUUAUUUUAUAAUUUUACAAAAAAUUCUAAUACCUAUAAUAGACUUUUUUAGUGUCUUUUCUUUCUAAAUGUUAAUGUUUGAAAUUUUGAUGUGUAAAUGAUACGGUCUUGUUUAUCUUGUUGAGGCCCCCUUUCACUGAGUGACAAUUGAAUUGAGGCAUAGGAACGAAAAGGGAAAUAAAAUUGCUUGCUGAAGGA